AUGGGAUUCAACAAGAAGCUACUCUUCGCAGGUCUGGCCGUCGGUGUCACGGCAUACAUGCUCUACAAGGCUUCCAAGAAACAUCAACAGCAGCAACAUCAGAUCACCGCACCCGCUCCCAUGUCGUCGGGCCAACACUCCAACUCGCAUGCCUCGUCGUGGGGUGGUGCAGCUAUGGGCGGGGCUGCCGUAGCUGCUGCCGGUGCUGCUUACGCCCACCACCACCAUCAACAGCAGCAGCAGCAUCAACCGCCCAACCCCAACGCAAACCCGACGGCGCUUUCCGCCAGCAAUCCCAACCUGGGCUGGGAAUCGUUACGCGAUUGGAGGCACAUCGCCAACCUGCUCGCUACCUGUGUCAUGGAUCAGUACCUCUAUCCCUUUUACACGUUUGCAGAUGUCGCACGUAUCGCCCAACAUAUUGCCAGCUCGGGCGCGCUGCAACAGUGCGCCGACAGCUGGCAGUUGCCUCCGUACCUCGCUCAAGAUCUGGUCAAGCUGGCGCUGUUUGACGUCAUGUUCUUGCUCGACGACUCUGCAUCGAUGCGAUCCGAGGGGACGAGGAGACGCGAUGGUCUGGCGGGCAUUCUCAAACGCGCUGCUGAUGCAGCUGCCAGAUUCGAUCCAGACGGAAUGGAAGUCGCCUGGAUGAACGCUUCUGCCCAACAGCGUAUCCACAACGUCGCCGAGGCAGAGCAGCUUACCUCUCGCUGUGCUUACGAUGGUCGAGCAACACCCAUGGGUUCAUCGCUCGAAUCCAAGAUUCUUCAGCCUCUGGUCCUCUCUCCUGCCACUCAGGGACAAUUGCAGAAGCCUGCCUUUGUGCUCAUCAUCACCGAUGGCAGGCCCACCGGCUCGUCGGAGAAGGGCGACAAGAUCGUCAAGGUGCUUCAACACGCCAAACGCACUCUUGCCUCCACACGCUAUGGCGAGGAUGCGGUUUCGUUCCAAAUCGCCGCUGUGGGCAACGACCGAGAGGCGCAAGAUUGGCUUGAUUCCAUCGACAAUGACCCCACCGUAGGCGACCUCGUCGAUGUCUGCUCCGACAUCGCCAUCGAAUCGCAACAAGUCAAGAAGAGCACCGGCAUUGAGCUCACCCCAGAGCUCUACUGUCUCAAACUGCUGCUUGGUCCCAUCGACACGUCGUACGAUGCCAGUGACGAGAACAACGGGCAGAGCGGCUACAGUCGCAACGCCAGGAGGAGACGCGAGAAAAAAGAGCAGGAAAAGCGAGAAAAGGAGCAGAGGUUCCGAGCUCAGAGCGAUGCGUUCAGGAGGGAGCGGGAUGCGGCUUUGAAUGGCGCCACUCCCGUACCUAGCGCUGGAGGAGCUCUUCCACCGCCUGGCGUCGAUGUAGGGUAUUCGCAUCAGCCCUCGUACCCUGGAGCCCCGCCUCAACAGCCAAGUGCAUACCCGCAGCCAGGUGGUUACCAGCAGCAGCAGCCCUACCCUCCGGCACAGUCGUCGUACGGCGCGCCCCUUCCUGGAGGAGGCUACCCGGCUCCGGGAUCGGGCUAUCCAGCUUCGGCUCCCGGGUAUCAGCCGUACGGUGCUUCUCAACCAGGUGCCCCUCCACCGCCCUACGCAAACCCGUACCAGUCACAGCCGUCAUAUGGUCAACGCGAUGUGCAAGCGUCGAAUGGUAGUGGGCCGAGCUAUUCCGCGGCCGGAGGAUUUAUGCCUGGUGCGGGUGGAUUUGCCAUGCCCAACCCUCAAGUGGGCGGCUACCCACCUCAACAGGGUGAUCAGCAACAGCCGCCAUCGGCCCCAUUCGGAUUUCCUCAGGCGAAACCGUCCGGCUACUGA